AUGGGGUUUGAAACAAGUGAAUCCGUGAAAUUGGAUGACAUAUUAAAGAAAUUUGGUUUCCUCGGACGCUAUCAAGUGCGAAUGAUAUUUUUGCUUGGUUUUGCUUUCUACAUCAACGGAAUGCAUUGUGUUAACUACAUUUUUGUAGCUGAAGCGGUUCCAUAUAGAUGUAAAGUUGACCAAUGUGAAUCGAACCCACCUGUUUUUGAACCGCUACCUGGUUUUGCGGCUCCGAACCACAGUCAAAAUUGUUAUAAGUAUAAAGUAAUAGCCAAUGACAGUGGAUGUACCCCCAAUAAUUUUAAUUCAUCAAUUAUAGAGCGCUGUGAUGACUGGGUGUAUCCGAACAAAGACAGUUUUGUAGUUGAGUUUGGCUUGGAAUGUCAAGAAUGGAAGAGAACUUUCGUUGGAACUGUACACAGUAUUGGUCUUAUGAUAGGGUUGUUCUUUCAAGGACAAUUGUCAGAUAAAAUUGGAAGAAAACUAGUUCUAAUAAUAAUCGGGGUUGCAGGUGCUGUUUUGGGUACCGUAAAAAGUUUUGCAACCUCAUACUCUGUGUAUAUUAUAGUUGAAUUAUUAGAAGCUAUCUUAGGAGACAACAGUUCACCAGCAUAUAUUUUUAGUGUAGAAUUUGCUCACAGUGAGAAUCGACUUCGCCAACAAAUAUUCGUCUGUAUAGCCUAUGCCAUUGGAGCGAUCGUGAUGUCCAUUAUUGGCUAUAAUGUUACUUACUGGCGACAUUUCGUUCAAGCCAUUUAUUUACCUGCGCUUUUGUUUCUUCUAUACAUAUUUUUCAUGCACGAAAGCGUUCGAUGGCUGCUCAGUAAAGGAAGAAAGCAAGAUGCAACAAAAGUUUUGUUAAAAAUUGCAAAAACUAACGGUUUGACAUUAGAAAAACACAUGCUGGAAAAUUUGCAGUGUGAAGAAUUGGGGACCAAAGAUUCACCCCUGAGGGACACCUUUCGAUCAAAGAUAGUAGUUAAAAGAUUUUUCUUAUGUUUGAUAUGGUGGAUUUCCUGUACAUUUAUUUGCUUUGGAUUAAUGGUUAAUGUCGUGUCUUUAGCCGGAAAUAAGUAUUUAAAUUUUGCUCUCAUGUCUAUAGCCGACAUUCCUGCAAGCUUUGCUAUGGUCUACACAUUAAACAAAUUUAAUAGAAAAAAACCUUUGUUUGGUUCAUUUAUGGCUGCAGGGGUUUUAUGUUUGGUUCAGCCAUUUGUACCUAAAAGAUACAUUUGGCUGUCAACGGGAUUAUAUUUUAUUGGAAGAUUUGUUACAACAUAUACAUUUACAACUGUGUACAUGUACACUUCAGAAUUAUUUCCAACAUAUACUCGCAAUUCAAUGCACGCUUUAUGUUCCUCCAUUGGUCGUAUUGGCUCCAUCUUAGCGCCAAUGACACCCUUAUUAUCACAGUAUAUGGAAAGCUUGCCAACGCUGGUCAUUGGAGCUAUAUCUCUUCUAGCUGGUCUCACAACACUGCUAGUACCUGAUGUUGCUAACGAGCCAUUACCAGAUAACGUAAAACAGGCGGAAUCUUUAGGAGCCCGUCGUACAACUGCACAAUGUUGUUAA